UCGCAGUCUAUUUUGAAGGCAGGCGAUUGGAGCACAGCGCGGGGGUGAGGACGCCCGCCGUCAGCAUACACGUUAUCCUACUCAACCAUAAAACAGUAGUUUCAAGACAUAUCAGGCUUUUUUUGAACGCAAAGACGAGGUGAAUAGCCCGGACGCUCUAGCUCGCUGAAUCGAUUAUUAAUUCUUAAAACGUGUCCGAGUUCGAGACGGGAAGACAUGGCCACGACUACAUGUACGCGCUUCACGGACGAAUAUCAGCUGUACGAGGAGCUGGGCAAGGGAGCGUUUUCAGUGGUGCGACGAUGUGUGAAGUUGAGCACGGGCCAAGAAUACGCCGCCAAAAUUAUCAACACGAAAAAACUCUCCGCCAGAGACCAUCAGAAGCUUGAACGGGAAGCUCGAAUCUGUCGUCUGCUGAAACACUCCAAUAUCGUUCGUCUGCAUGACAGUAUAUCAGAGGAGGGCUUCCACUACCUACUGUUUGAUUUGGUGACUGGAGGUGAACUGUUUGAAGACAUUGUAGCCAGAGAGUACUACAGUGAAGCAGAUGCCAGUCACUGUAUCCAUCAGAUUCUAGACAGUGUCCAUCAUAUUCACCAACAUGACAUAGUGCACAGGGACCUGAAGCCAGAGAAUCUGCUCUUGGCCAGUAAGUGCAAGAACGCCGCUGUGAAGCUGGCCGACUUUGGACUGGCCAUUGAGGUGCAGGGAGACCAGCAGGCAUGGUUUGGAUUUGCAGGGACACCAGGUUACUUGUCCCCUGAGGUGCUGAGGAAAGAAGCAUAUGGCAAACCGGUGGACAUCUGGGCCUGCGGUGUGAUUCUGUACAUUCUGCUGGUUGGAUAUCCACCUUUCUGGGAUGAGGAUCAGCACAAACUUUAUCAGCAGAUCAAAGCGGGAGCUUAUGAUUUUCCAUCUCCCGAAUGGGACACAGUUACUCCUGAAGCCAAAAAUCUCAUCAAUCAAAUGCUAACCAUAAACCCUGCCAAGAGAAUCACUGCACAGGAAGCUCUCAAACACCCAUGGGUCUGCCAACGCUCUACUGUGGCUUCCAUGAUGCACAGACAAGAAACUGUGGAAUGCCUGAAGAAGUUCAACGCCAGGAGGAAACUCAAGGGGGCCAUCCUCACCACCAUGCUUGUGUCACGGAACUUCUCUGUGGGUAGCAGACAGACCACGGCUCCCGCCUCGGUCACUGCGGCUGCGGCUGCAGUAGCCGCGGCUGCAGGCACCACAGCAGGGCUGGUGGAACAAGCAGCCAAGAGCUUGUUGAACAAAAAAGCUGACGUUAAGAAGCGGAAGUCGAGCUCUACCAUUCAGUACAUGCCCCAGACAAACAGCACCAAAAACAGCAUAGUCACCAGUCCCAAGGGAAACCUCCCCUCUCCUGCACUGGAGGCACAGACCACUGUCAUCCAUAAUGCAGUGGAUGGGAUUAAGGAGUCGUCGGACAGCAGUAAUGCCACAGUGGAGGAUGAGGAAAUGAAAGGAAAGCUUGUAGAUAACAGUUCAGUUAUGCCUGACUCCGCCCACACACCUCCUGGCCCCUCCCCUGCUCUUUUCACUGCCUCUAAGUUCACUGAUCUAUUGGGUGUGGUUCGUCGGGGCUCUGUGCCCACAUGUGAUGCUGAGGGGGGAAGCACUAUCACUCCAGCUGUUGUUUCCGCCCCCUUCACACCCCAGACCACCAAUAUUCCCACACAGAUGUCACGUUUGACUGAUCUAGUGAGCAGUGUACGCAGACCUAUAGCCACCCAUACAGACAGUGAGCCAUCAGCAGCCAGCAGACCCCUUACUGCCCCGGUAUCUGCCCCAUCACACCCCUCCCCUCUCCCUGCCCAACCGUCCUCAAGCCCCCUGCUGUUAGCACAUUCACGCAAACAGGAGAUCAUCAAAAUCACUGAACAGCUUAUUGAGGCCAACAACAAUGGCGACUUUGAAGCCUAUGCUAAAAUCUGUGACCCUGGACUCACCUGCUUUGAACCUGAGGCCUUGGGAAACCUUGUGGAGGGGAUGGACUUCCACAGAUUUUACUUUGAGAACUUGCUGUCUAAGAACAGUAAGCCCAUCCACACCACAAUCCUGAACCCUCACGUGCACCUGAUUGGAGACGAGGCCGCCUGCAUCGCCUACAUUCGCCUCACGCAAUAUGUGGAUGGGCAGGGCCGGCCGCACAGCAGCCAAUCAGAAGAGACGAGGGUGUGGCAUCGCCGGGACUCUAAAUGGCAGAAUGUCCAUUUCCACUGUUCGGGAGCUCCAGCCGCCCCUCUACAGUGAAGGUUGAGCUCGUUGUAGCCACAUCUAACAAGAGUGCCCAGCCAGAAAUGGAGAGUGCAAGAGUGAAAGAGAGCGUGAGGGAGGGGGGAAGUUGGAGAGAGGGAGGAAGGAAAGCAAGCCCAGUGAUGGGUGGCUGUGAGUCUUCAGUGCCUGACCCUCCCACACUGGGCCCGGCCCCCUCACCUGUCAAUCACUUCUGUGCGUCGUCUUCUGUCUUACCUUCAACUUUCCCCCCUCCCUCCCAGACACCGUCCUUGUAUCUUUACACCCGUGCAGAGACUCCCCUCGUUGUGCACAUGUGCUGUGUGGAGUUGGACAGUCUUUGAUAAGUACAGGUAAUAAGGCCUCAGCGAAGUGCUUUCUGUUGCACCUUCCCAGUGUGAGUUAUGUUACACUGAUUCGCCGUCCUCACUUACAGUGUGUAGAUUUUCAAUAUUGUUGUUAUUAUUAUCAUUAUUAUUAUUAUUAACAUUGUUCUUACUGUUGUUAUUAGUAUUAAAACAAAAGCAAUUGUAAAAGUAAUUUUUCACAUAAUUCAUGUUCUGGAUGCCAAUGAUUUUGAAUUUAUGCCUUUUCUUUCCUGACGUUUUUGGAGAGCAUGAUUUUUUCAGUAUAUCAAAAGCGUUUAUGUACAGGCUUCUCCGUGUGAUUCACAGCCAACUGAUGCGUCAGUCCAUGUGUGUUCAGACGUUAGUGGACAUUUGUUGGUAUGUGUGACUGUUUUGGGGCAGAUUCUACCAGAGCCUGAUAAAGAACGACGUGACGUCCGGGGUCUUCCAGCUUAUACCAGUCAUUAUUUCUCACAUCAUUAGCUCAGAUUUGGAAUAAUUCAGCAGAUUUGCUGUUAGUAGGCGAACUGCAUAUUGAAUGAAUAAUUCCUUUUUCUGGAAAGCCACAAUCGUGCUUUAUAUGUAACCUGUUACACCAAUUGCAAUGUUAGUGUUAUUUUAAUGUUGCAAUGUUUAGAAUUUUUUUUUGUUACUUCUUCAGCCAAGUCAGUGGUAUUAGGAAAGCGCCUAUUCAAGUUGGGCCGAUUGAAUCGAACUAAAAGCAUACUUCAGUUUAACAUACAGUAGGGAUACCAGAUUACCUCUUCAUUUCUGUUUUAAGACUAUGGAAAGAUGUGGACAUCCAAUUACAUCAUUAGAGGAAAUUUUUCUUAAAAAUAAAACUCUUGUAUCUCUACACUAGUUAUAGUGGAGGUUUAAAAUCAUUGGAGGCCAUUAAAGAGCAGCUGAUUGAAUGAAUUUUGGUGAUUUUAGCUGACAGUUACAUAUAGCUUUUUUUAGUUUUUUUAGAUGUUGACAUUUAUAUUCUUCGUGGCAUAUUGUUGACAUAUUACUUAUUCUAUUUUUAAGAGUUUAUAUGUAUUUGUCGUCUGUGUGUGAGAUUUUAAAGGAGAGUGAACAUUUUGUUACCCUUGAACAUUUUGAAAGUGUGUUUACUAGUGGUUGACCGAUAUAUCGGCCGAUAUUUGUCAUUUUUCAAAUAUCGGCAUCGAGCCGAUAAGUUUUCCUGCUUAGCCGAUGUGUUCGAGCCGGGGCUUUUAUUUUGACGGCGCUGAGAGCGGUAGCACCUGAGCACACGCAGUGCUCACACUCUCUCUCUUGUUCAUCGUCAUCAUUAAUCGUUCUGUCUAAUACAGAUAAAAGUCUGUCUAAUUAUCAGAUAGAACGGUUAAACAAAGAAAUUAAUGUAUACAGAAAGUAUUAUAAUGAUUGCUUUUAUAUUAAGACUAUUAGUAAUAGAAAGGCAAACAUUAAAAUACUUUAGCAUUUGCCAUCAGCAUUAAGCAAAUAUGCAUUUAUAUAAUUUAAACAAAUCUUUGAAUGACUAAUGAACAUUUAAUUUCACAAACCUUGCAAACUUAGUCGAAUCCAUCUGUGAAAUCUUGUGAAGUGUGCAUUUUUAUUUCAGCAUGAUCAUGUUCGCUGCGUGAUGGUCCGUCAGUGUUAAUUGAAUGCUUUAAAAUAUAAACUGGUGAUUUCAAAUAAUACUGCGCUUUAUGCAUUUGCCCACUAUCAUAUUCAUGUCAUUUUUCACUGUGUGCUGUAUGUAAAAUGAGGGUUACCCUGGCUGUAUUUGAAAAAUAUGAUUCCCAGUGCACACAAACUUCCCAGAUUACUGAGUCCCCAGUUGGUCACAGUGUUUACUUUCUUUUUAAUUAUAUUUUUAUUAAAUAUUUAUUUAUUUGAGAAAAAUACUGUCAUAUAAAGCAUAAGAUUAUUUCUUUUACACAUUUAUUUUUUAAUCCAUAGUCAAAUGAUUUCAAAUUUCUUAAAUAUUAAUAAUAAUAAUUAAAAAAAAUCGGUUUUAUAUCUGCUAUCGGCCCCACUGCUUUCCAAGAUAUUGGCAUCGGCUGUCAAAAAACACAUAUCGGUUGACCACUAGUGUUUACCCUUUGGAUGGGCAAAGUGCAAGGAGUGUGAAAGUCUUUGGAAGAAUGAAAAGGUUUGCAGUCAAAAUCGGCAGCAAUAGUUUUAUAUGUCAGAAGAUGAUAAGAUAGUUUAUGGAGUGCAUGUCAGACCUUGUGAACUUUAUACUGGUUUCACUCUACUUUGAAGGGUUUGAACUCUGGUUAACUGACGUGUCAGUGUGACAUCGUCCCCCGGUCAUGUGACUAUUUUAUUGACCUUGUGUCCUCAGGUUGUAUUUAUUUAUUUUAUAUUAUUAUCGCAGCUUCUUACAGGCUUCUUAAUUUUCUCACACUUUAUCUAAUGUUUGAACUCACUAGUUUUGAGCCACGUCAUAUCAAUGAUGACUACUGAUCUUUUUCCGUUGUUGGUAUUUGAAAAUAAUUUUUCCAAAGAGCCUCUUAUACAGAUAAAAAGAGGUCAUCUUUUAAAAUCCAAUCAAAAUAUGUCUCUCAAACAAACCCCGUGAGGCACGUGUACUUGUGUUAGUGCUCCGGUGUUCUGCUUCUGUUACAGUUGUGUCUCAUUCUUGGAUGUUUUAUCUCAUGCAAAAAAGUUCCACACCUGUCCGCACACCGCUCCCUAAAAAAUAAAAUAAAAUAAAACAAAACCGCAUGUAAAAAGUGUACUGUUCUCUGUGUGUUUAACCACGAAAAUAAACGUUGAAGAGUGAAAGUCACAUCAAUAUAAAAACAGGACACACAGUACUGAAACUGCAGUUUAUUUCAGCUGGAAUUUCGUUGCAUGAUAGUCACUUGAACACUAAGUUUGGUGUUAUUUAACUAUUUGAUUUCAUUUUUCUAUUGAAUGCUGGUUUACCUAAACCUUUCUCAUAUCUGUCUUACCAUCUUUGUUAAGUGCAUAUAUAUAUAGAUAUAUACAUAUAAUAUUUUUGUCCCAAAAUUAUGCUGACAAUGGCAGCGUAAAUGACGAAGACUAUAGAUAGCUAGGAAAUGUCAAUGAUAUUAAGAUUAUGGAAAUGGUGAUAUUUCUACUGCAUGCUUUUGUAUUAAGCUGAUUGUUGUCAAUGCAGGGUGACUGAUAUUUAUAUUAACGAUUAUAAGAUUUCUCAUUAGUAUGAGACUGCUUGACUUCAGAGAAGCACUUGCAAUAUUAGCUAAAUAUGCAUGUCUUUUUUUUUUUCUUUAAAUCACUAAUUUGUAUCAAAGAUCUGCUGUUUGUGCUUUGCGGAUAUUCUCCAAACCUGAAUGGCCAAUAAAAUUGGGGAUUGUUUCUGAAUUUUAUCAGUCUUUUAUGACUAAUUUAACAACUACAGCUCAGUAAAUAGCAGAGAUCCAGAGUAUUUUUGCCUGCACCGACAACAUUGUCCAUCUUUAAGCACAGGACUGUUUCCGUUCGACUCGUAAUAUCAUUUCUCUGAUUGGAAACAGUACCAGAUAGUUUCUCUGAAGUUGAGUUUUCUCACAGUAGCCCUCUGUUAGUUUUGUUUUCCUGUAUAAAAAGAUAUUCUUUUUGAUUUCUGAUGAUUCUUACUCUUGUUAUUGCUGUUCUCAAACAUGCUCUGUGUAUUCCCUGACUUAAGCAAAUGUGUUCAAAAGAUAUAAAUAAAUGAGAUGAUUUAAAUACUGAAGAA